CAUCGCCGUAAGCUGUAUAAUGAUAAUAAUGAAUGAUAAUGAUAGUUGAUAGAGAUCUAGAUCUACACUACUCACUAGUGUCACUAGCCUAGCUAUAAUCCUAUAUAGUCUAGAUUGACUCUAGAUCAUCUCAGUAGAUGAUAAUGAUAGAUCGAUAUCACAGGAUAGCUAUAAUCAAGAUGAAGAUAUAAAUCUUGAUUCAGACUGGAGCUCAUCACUUCCUCAGCCUGUCAUUUAAGACGGACAGCUUCUGGAAUCUAGGUGUUGGAAAUCAGACAGCUAAAAUUUCAAAUUGGUUUUAAAUUAUUUCCCAGAAUGAGCAGUGACAAACCAUCCACAGUCAGUCAUCCUGCUGUUGGGGAUAGCUUCCAACAUAUCGAAUUUGAAAUGGUGAUAGAUCAGGAUGAUGAAGCAUCAGAGAACACCAAGAAAAAAUCAAUGCUGAAAGUCAAAGAGUGUUUAGGACGAUGCACCAAACCUUUAAUGUCUGAUAAUCACCCUCUACCAUUAGACGCACCAUGGUACUAUAGGUUACGAGAUAAUUUUUUAUGCCCACCACAUUCUCGAAUGGGUGCGGUCAUCUUUAUUGUCCUUGUGACUGGAAGUAUAUGGGCAACAUUAUUUUCAGUUACGGGCGAUGAAGCAUUGCCAGGAGGAAAUUUAUUUGCUCUGUUGAUUCUGUUUGUGGCCUGCUGGAGUGGUGGAUAUGUAGCAAGGUUGAUCCGGCUUCCUCCUCUAUUAGGAAUGUUGAUUGUUGGAGGUGUUUUAGGCAAUGUUCCUCACAUAAAUUUGGCAAGAGACAUUCAUUCAUCUUGGGUGUUCACAUUAAGACAGAUAGCUUUGACAGUAAUUCUUACAAGGGCUGGACUUGGUCUUGAUCCCAAGGCAUUAAAGCGACUGUCUUUUGUUGUAUUAAGGCUAGCUUUCCUCCCAUGUUUGACAGAAGCAACAGUGGAUGCCAUAGCCAGCCAUCUUAUCUUAGGCUUUCCCUGGCAGUGGGGAUUUAUGCUUGGAUUUGUGAUCAGUGCUGUCUCACCAGCUGUCAUUGUUCCCUCUGUUCUGAGUCUUGGCGAGAGAUGCUAUGGGAUAGAAAAAGGGAUUCCUACCUUAGUAAUUGCUGCUUCCAGCGUCGAUGACAUCUUGGCAAUCACAGGUUUUGGUGUUUUGCUUGGGAUCACAUUUUCUACGGGUGAUAUUGUUUGGACACUUUUCAAAGGCCCUCUAGAAGUGCUCUCUGGUGUGACUUAUGGUAUUGUAGGAGGAGUUAUACUUUGGUACAUUCCACAGAAAACUAGUAAACUCCAGCUUCUCUUUAGAUCUGUUCUUUUAAUGUUCAUGGGACUGAUGGCCAUAUUUGGAAGUAUAAAGCUCCACUGGUCAGGUGCAGGACCACUUGCAGCCCUGACUGUACCCUUCGUUGCAGCUGUAAGGUGGAGGUCAGAGUGGAAAGAGAGUAGUAAAAAUCCUGUUGAGGAAGUUCUUGGAGUGUUGUGGAUGAUAUUCCAACCAUUUCUGUUUGGUCUCAUUGGUUCAGAAGUGGACGUAAUGAAGUUAGACUAUGAUGUUAUUGGUCUUGGUAUAGCCGUUCUGGUGAUUGGCUUGGUGUUCAGGAUCACUGUCUCAUUCUUGUCAGUCUUCUUCACAAAUCUCAACUACAAGGAAAGACUUUUUGUAGCUAUGGCCUGGUUACCUAAGGCAACUGUUCAGGCUGCUAUUGGUACUGUGGCUUUUGACUUGGCAAAGAAAAAUAAUGAUGUUGCAGCUCAGACUCUCGGCAAACAGGUUCUGAAUUUAGCAGUGCUGUCUAUAUUACUGACAGCCCCCAUAGGCUCAUUUCUAAUCUCACUAUUAGGUCCAGUGCUUCUCAAAUGUUCACCUGUCACUACCUCAGAAAAAAUAGUUGUUGAAGAAAAUGGAAUACAGGAGAAAUGUAUGAUUGAAGAUGAGCUGCCUGAUAGCAAGCCUAAAGAGACAGAAGAAAAAGAAUUGUAAAACUAAUUAUUGUUAUAGCUUUGUAGUAUGGUUAUAAGAGCAUUAGUCUUUUAUUUGUUGUGUGUAGUAUGAUCUCUAACAUUUUAACAAUUUAAUAAUUUGUUACCAUAAGCUCCACACCCCUUUUUUAUCCAGAUUCUGUUUAAAAUCAUAUUCUUUUUUUUUUUUUUUUUUCAUAUUAGUAAGGAAAAUAAGCCAUUCAAUAUUUUAAUGUUUGCCAAUUGAUUUUUUUUUCUUGCUAUUUUAUAUUUCAAUUCCUUUAAAAUAAAAAUCAUUGUUUAAAUCUGAUUCUCAAAGUAGUCUACAUAGACCCCGAAGACUUUUAAGGGGUCUACGAGACAAAAAAGUUUGGGAACCACUGGUUUAAAUGAAGGAAAAAGUGUAAUCAAGUCAACAUUUAUGACUGUCCUACAUCUUUCAUAGUAUUUUUUAGAAUCUCUUGAAAGUGUAAACAGGUGCCUCUAUCAACGCUUAAAUAAUCUCUUUGAUACAAUGGUAAUGCUAAUAUUAAUUAUAAUUCUUUUGUUUCACAAAACAUGUAUCAAAUGUUUAUUUUUUUGAGGGGUUACCAAAAAGAGAUCCCAUAAAAAUUUGCUGCUAGAAAUUUUUCAAGUUGUAUAUCUCUUAUUUUUUUAAUGAUCAUUUUUUUUUUUUUUUUUUUUUUAAAUAUCAUUUUAGUAAAUGAUGAUUUUAAAUUCAAAAUAGCUGUUUAAUUGGAAGUAAGGUCAUUAAAAAAAAAUACUUUUCUAUUCAGCUUUUUGCCUGCAACCAUGACAUUCAACUUAGCUUUGCUAGUCAUUUGUAGUGCUAGUGAUUCUCCAGCUCAUGUACUUGUCAUGAAUAAUCUGCAGAUCAUUUCUAACUGCAAUGUGGUGUAUGCAUUCUAUUUAUCCUAAAGUUCCCAUUCAGACCAUGCAGUCUAUUAUGCAGAUGAUGUAAAGUUCAUCUGUUUCUGUGGCCCACAGUUAACAAGGGUAUCAUGUGGCAAGCAUAAAGACCAUCUGCCUUUACUUUUCCCCAACUAAUGUCUGGUACCCAUUAGAGUUGGGUGGACUCAGAGGCACACUAAAGAGCUAAAGGUCCCAAAAUUAAAAAUCCGUGUCUUCACCAGGACUCUAACCUGGGACCACCGGUUCAGAAGCCAAGUGCUUUACCACUCAGCCACAACCCAUUUUUAUUAAUCCUACGGUUUGUUUUAUUCUAAAUGUGUAAUUUAGAUAAGCUUGAUAAUAUCUGUUUUUAUCUGUUGGCAUAAAGUAUGUUGAGCUGUAGUUGAAAAAAUGCAGUUGCACUUUUACAGGGGACUAUUAUCCUUUAGGACUGUGAUAUUCGACAUAUCUGGCCCCUUGACAAUUUUGAACAUAACGAAGCUUCUCAAUUCUUUUGGACCUAACAAUUUUGUUUUACAAAGCUUAUAUCAACUCACUCUGUCUGGUAAAAUGUUUGUACACCCAUACUCUGAUCAAGUUGAAAUUUUGCACAAUUUUUUUUUUUUUUUGUAUCUAUGUUUAUUUAAUGCUGACAAAUAGCCAGACUUGCUUGGGCUGGCAAAGUUACUAAGGGAAACUAGCAAAAGAAACCAUUAUUAAAAUCUAUUUACCAAAUGUAAUGGAACUCGGUUGUGUAAAAAUAUCAAAAUCUGGCAAACUGUUGUUGUAUGUUAUUUCUCUUAAGCAAAAAAAAACAACAUUGUUGUAGAUUUUAAAAUGCUGAUUGUAUUAUAUUUUUAGUCAUUAUUUAACAUUCCAUUUUAUGAAAAAUCUUUUCAGAGCAUUAAUAUUUAUAUUGCUGUUACCAAUUAUCUGACUAGUCAUAGAAGUCUGUUCAUUAUUUAUUUAUUAAAUUUCUCUUUGUGAACAUUAAUGUAUAAGAUUUUAUGCUUUUGUAAUUAUUAGAAUGUUUGCUUUUAAUUUUUUUUUUAUAGAAAAGCUUCAGUGCUUAUUGACUUACUUUGACUUGACUUAGUCCUUUUGACUCCCAGAGUAGCAUAGGGCUGCAACAGUACUUUGCCAUCAGACUCUGUUCUGGCAAUUUCCCUCAAUUAAGUCCAUGUCCAUUCUGCCAUCUUUCUUUAUUUCUUGGUCUGCCAAUCUCCAUCAUGUUUGGUUUGGUCUCUCAACCUUUCCCUUACCCUGUGGGUUUCAGCCUGUCUUCCAGGACUUAUAAUAUCAUCAAAGGUCAUGCAUAACACUAAAGAGCUUUGCAAUUUUUUUUUUCGUAGUAAAGAAGUGAUUUUAAAAUGGUGGGUCUGUAUUUCAUGUAUUUCCUUGGUAGGAACUGAGUACAGCUGUAAUGUCCAAACUAUCCCGUAUAUCUUGCCUAUGUUAUUGUGAAACAGGAUGUUUUGGCAGAGCCAUUCUGGUGCUGGAAAUUAUGGUGUUCACUGUUUUUGACACCUAAUGGAUGCUCAUUAUAUUAUGUCUUUAAAAUUUUUUUUUUACAUAUCUAUGUUUACCACACGCGUUUGUAUUCCAAUAUAUUUUUAUGUGAAGAACAAAAAUUUUCUGGUCCAUUACAGUUUGGUUUAAGUUUUUGUAUUAUUUGUAUUUUAACAUCAUAAAGUUGUCUUGGUUUUAAUAUUUUCUAAAACAAAGUGAAACAAUUGAAGAAAAAAAAAAUUCAUUUAAUUUCUUCUAUGUUCACUCAAAAAAGGUUUAUUUAUUUUAUGGUCUCCACAACUAAAUGAUGAAAUAAAUUUGAAAAUUGACGUCAUCAUUUGCGGUUUGCGCACCUCCAAUAUAAUUUAUAGGUCUUGUGAUGGAACUUGACCUAUUAUAUUUAGCCAUAUUUAUUCAUGUAAUUGUUAAGACUUUAAGACAUUUAUUAAAAAUUAUUUCUUUGGGAGGUGGGGUAUGUAUGCUAUAUUUACAAUCUACUAUGAUACAGUGAUUAAUUAAUUAUGGUUGGAACUUCUUAUCCAAAAUGGCUGUUCACUGCAUUGCAGUGUUAUCCACCCAUUUGAAACUUCUGUUCAAUUUGCAUAAUAAAAGGGUAAAGGAUUCCAUCGGGGCUUGACAAGAUUUAUGCUGUGAUGUGGCCUGUGACCCGUCCAAAAUUUAUCUGGCCCACUAAGUUUAUAAAGAUGGACACCACCGGAGUAAAAAAAUAAAGUACCCCUUUUAGACCUUGGUAUCUAUAGGGCAUAUAAUGUAAUGGUUUUAUGUCAGACAGUUAACAAGGGUGUCAUGUGGCCAGCACAAGGACCUUUACUUUACCCAACUAAACUCAGAUACCCAUUAGAGUUGGGUGUACUCAGAGGCACCCUACAAUAUCCCCCGAAUUCAAGAUCCCAGUCUUCAUCAAGAUUUGAACCUGGUACCUCUUGGUUCAGUAGUCAAGUGCUUUACCACUCAGCUACCCCCCCCACACACACACACACACUGGAGUGGAGUGUGAAAAAAUAGGAAAUUCUAACACUAGGAAAACUUCUUGGUCAAAUGUCAUAAUAGUGAUUAGUUUGAGAAGAAUAUUCAUGCAUCGCUGUAAUGACUUUACUAUCAAAAUGUAUUUUCAUGUAUUCAUGAGUUUAUUAUAUGUGUAACAGGUGUUUUAUUCUUAAUAUUUUUUAAAUGUAAGCAUUAACUAAUUACUACUUAACCUGAUAUUAAACAGAAUAGUUAUUUUCAUGUAUUCAUUCAAAACUAUCCAGAUAUAGCAGCUUUGCAAGAUCAUAUUUUUAUACUGCAAUAAAACUUUAUGGAAAUAAAUUUGACAUUGUAUGAAAACUAAUGUAAUAGACUUUAAAACUAUUUACUAUUUGAAACAGUAUUUGGAAUAUAUUUAUUAUUUACAAUUAGGCAAUUCGAUCCUGUACAUUAUAAGCUUGAAUAAGUUUAAUUCACAUGUUUUCUAGAGAGAAAAAAAGCAUAAAAACAUAAAAUUAAAUAUUCUCAAUACAAAUAUCAUUUAAUUCUAACAGCUCCUAACGCUUUCUUAAAUAGCUUUUGGAAUGAUGUAAUUUGUAAAAAAAAACAACAAAUGGAUUCUUUUAAGAAUAACUAUGCUAGGAAACUGGAGUGUUUUUUUGUUGUUGUUUUUAUUAUUGCAACAUCAAAAACAGUAUUAAACUUAAACUAAUAAAUUUAUGGUGCAUUCUUUUCAUCAUGGGCUCUCAGGACUCUCACUUCCUAGACCUUGCAGACGUUAUGGCAGCAUGUGCAGGUCUCUGGCUCGCCUGUAACGUUAUCCUUUAAUAUUGAGGACAUUUUUAUUUUUCAAUAUCUUUUAAUUUGGGAAAUGAUAUCAUCUCUCCAUUUCCACAUUUUUUUAAGAUGUACAUAGCAAAAAAAAAAAAAGACUCUUUAGGUUUAGUGAAUUGUAUUUAUAUCAUGUAUUUUUUUAUUGCCCCAUUUUGACAUUGAAAUCAAAAAAAUGAUUAUUUUAAAAUAAAAAAGACUCAUGAAAAGUGUUGAAGCAAUAGUUUAUUAUCAAUAAUGUCUGCUGUUCACCAAAGAUUUCUCAAGAGUGCCUUUUACUUGUUAUAUUUUUAUAGACAUUUAUAUGUAUAGUUAUUUAUUCAGUGUGUUAACUUACCAUGACAUGUGACAUGUGUUAUUUAUUUUUUUAGGAGCCACCAUUUGUUUGUCUAUAUUACUUCUAAGUUAUAGUUAUAAUGUUUUUUGUUUGGGGUAAGACAAAUUUUCAUACGGACAAUAAAGAUUAUUAUUAUUAUAAGUAGAAAUAUUAUGGCUAUUUGUAAGGCUGAGCUUCACAAUAAAUAUUUAACAUAUUU